AUGGCGGACGGUGUUGAUGUGGUUGUAACGGUGUGCGCUACUGUUUCGACAGGUUUAGAAUCUGUUGCUGUCUCGGAAUGCAGACAAAAACUAGAUUGUAAAUCUAUAAGGGAGGGAAGAGGCCGUGUAUACUUUGAUAUCCCGACAAAUUUUUUUUCUCAGCUAAAAAACCUUCGCUCUAUUGAGAACUUGUUUGUUGUCGUAAAAGAAUACGAAGAAAACAACGAUGAACUCGAUUGCUUCAGCCCAGAGAUUCUCGAGAAACUGUACAAAUUACCUCAAGUACUGGAUUGGAAGGUGGCGCUUUCUCUAUGGAAGCAGUUUACAGGGUAUACGGGAAUGCUUUUCAGAAGUGAGACACCUGCGCCUGAUGAAGAUAUGAAAAAGAGAUGCCAGUCGUUUGUAGACAACAAGUGCUCUGAAGUUGAAGAUGAGCAAAAUUCACGAGAAGGUGGUAAUGAUAAAGUUGUUGAUGAAGAAGACGUUAUAGAAGCUCCUGCAAAAAAGAUAAAACAUGGCGGUGAAGAUUCAAAUGAGGAUAAGUUUGAAGUAAGAAUUGGCAGUGAAAAUAAUGACGUUGUUCUGUAAACCACGUAGCAAGGUGACCAUAUUAGUUGGUUGUAAAGGCGAUACAAGUUUUUUGCAGAAAUUCCAUUGAUACCUCAUGCAAAGAAGUGUUUCUUUCACGAAAUGUCAUGCAUAAUUCAGAAGGCAAACUCCCUGGAGAACAUCAUGAGCUGAAUAGGCCCUUUGCAGUUUAAGCUAUUCACGUAGUACAAAACCGUCAUGCGGGAGAGCAAAAGGCGCACUGGGACAAGCAAACAAAAGGCAUAUAUACUUUUAAAAUUAAUGGUAAUUUCCUUUGUUUGUCUUGUCCCAGUAUAACUUUUGCUCUCAAGUGUUUUGGUCUUGUACCACGUGAAUGGCUAGAUGCAAAGGGCCUAUUGGGAAAACAAAACAUACAAGCUAAAAAGGUGUUUAGAGUUGAGUUCCCAGCAGAGAAAAAACUUUGAUCUUUUUCACCAACUUUGUGCCAUUGAUGCCACCUGCAAACAAGGAUACUUCUAGCCAACGGCAGAAUAGACGUAUCCUUUUUUUUCUUGCAACCACAAGGAUGAGGGAGCACAAGACAUCUGCUAAGGGAGGGACAUCUAAAAAUAAUGCUUAUCGCCACAACAUUGUUUUGGCUCUUCCUAUCAACUACAUGUACAGUGGGUUUAAUUAAGUGUAAAUUCAUGGGUGGGUGAAUUUUCAUGACUAUAGAGACUUUCCAGUACAGUAUGUAUCUAAAACAACACACAAAACUUUGUUUUCAAGUCAAGCAGUGUGGAACAUUGAUAAUGAACCUGUAUAUAACAAAGUCCUUGGUAUAACAAACAAUUUUCUUUACCCUAGUAAAUAGUAAAAUAUAUGAAAAAGGACCUCGAUAUAACGAAACCUUGUUAUAGCGAACAAAUUAAUUUUUGCCAGUCCCUUGGCCCUUCUUUAUAUUGAGGUUCCAGCGCACAAUGAAAGCAGUAGAAUUUUGUUUGGUUGUACCAGUAUAUGUACAUGUAUUUCUGCAGUAUUCUCAGGGUAUUUGUACUAAAUUAAGCUGUGUCUCCUUUUUCAGUUGACUCAAAAUUCAUCAAGUGAUAAAUCCUUUACCUCCAACCUACUGCCGCAAUUCCGUGUUACAUGCACCCGUACUGGAAAUAAACACAGCUUUUCAUCCCCGGAGGCUGCAGCCAAGUUUGGAGGAGGGAUAAAUGACUGGUUUGGCUGGCGUGUGAACCUUAGCAAUCCAGACAUUGAAGUUCUACUCAAUAUUGUCAAUGGAAAUGUUGUUAUUGGUNUUAUAUUGAGGUUCCAGCGCACAAUGAAAGCAGUAGAAUUUUGUUUGGUUGUACCAGUAUAUGUACAUGUAUUUCUGCAGUAUUCUCAGGGUAUUUGUACUAAAUUAAGCUGUGUCUCCUUUUUCAGUUGACUCAAAAUUCAUCAAGUGAUAAAUCCUUUACCUCCAACCUACUGCCGCAAUUCCGUGUUACAUGCACCCGUACUGGAAAUAAACACAGCUUUUCAUCCCCGGAGGCUGCAGCCAAGUUUGGAGGAGGGAUAAAUGACUGGUUUGGCUGGCGUGUGAACCUUAGCAAUCCAGACAUUGAAGUUCUACUCAAUAUUGUCAAUGGAAAUGUUGUUAUUGGUAUUGCGUUAACCAAAGAAAGCAGAGGAAAACGAAACAUUACUCACUUUGGGCCAACAACAUUGAAGUCUUCUAUAGCUUAUUGCAUGCUUCAGCUGGCAAAUAUCCAGCCAGGUAGGAAAAAGUAGUUGAAGUAAAAUCACAAAUAAAGUUGCACGUUCAACAGAACAACUUAAAGGGGCCAUGUCAUGGCUGUCCAGUUCAGUAUUUUCAGUAAUGUGUCUUUACUUGCUAAGGAACAGGUCUAAUGUUAGCAAGGAAUUUACUUGUAAAUGACUAAAUCACAGCUUCGUACCAAACGUCUCUCCCAAAGCAUACUGUAUUUUAUUCGAUUAACCGCCCUAGGUGCUUAUUAAAUUUUUGGACCUUGAGAGUGGACGCUUAUUCGAGGCGUGUGCUUAUUCAAGGCUGGGCUCUUAUUAAAUUUUCACCAUUUUCAGCAAGUGUAGUAUGUUUAUUUUGCAACAAAACAAUGAAUGGUAAUAACAAAACGCAAAGAUGUAACAAAGUAAGGUUUCUGUAAAAUACUCUGAAGAGAACCCCAUCUUUGGGGAACUAUCUUAUUGGGAGGAAGGUGGGUGGAUAUUUAUUUGAGUUUGAGUUGGAGGGAGAGGGGAGGUGGCGUGGGCGCUUAUUCGAGGUUAGGCGCUUAUUAACUUUUUCUGCCUUUAGGAUGGGCGCAUAUUUGAGGUGGGCACUAAUUUGAGGUUGGACGCUUAUUUGAAUAAAUACGGUAAUAUCAAAUGUGACCCUCCAUGGGAUUUCAGGGAAUAAGGUGAAUGCACGGGCAUGCUAAACAAUAGGGAGUUUGUGAAAUGACAUGCCAGCAUGGGAGUAGUGUUCCAUGAGGCACGCUUAAUUAAAAUUUUUAAUGAACCUUGAAAAACUGUUAGGCUGACGAGUUUUCAAAAACUGCAAUAAUUACAAUCCAUUUUGGUCUUCUUCGAAUUUGAUCACCCAUGCCUAUAUAUUUGCUGUGUUAUUUAUUUCUUCUUUAAAUCUUUUAAGUGGUUAUUAAUUUUUUGUUUCACUCAAUGUGGCGGUAGCUUUCACUGUUUGAAUUUGAUAAAUUUCAUGACACAACUCACUUUAAGAAGCAAAAAUAAUUCAUAAAAACUUGUAUUUGUCGUGGUUCAGUUCCCCUUAGUUUAAACUACCCCCCCCCCCCCACACACACACACACACACCCACCAAUACACAAGGAUAAAAUAAGGACAAAGCUUCAUAUGUGGACAACUCUUUGCAUCUCAUUAAGCAUACAUGCACAAUUUCAAAACAAAGCUCAGUGAUGGUCAAAUUAUUUGUAGUUCUAACAUCCAACACAACACAUAUCAGCUAUUGUUAAUCUCGGGAUGAAUUUUGUGCUAGAACAGUGACCAUGAACUAGUGCUGUUGUUCUUUUUCAGGGGACAUUGUUUGUGACCCCAUGUGUGGAGGUGGCUCCAUUCCAAUAGAGGCUGCCCUAAACUGGCCCAAGUCUGCACACUUCUGUGGAGAUCAUCAUGAUUUAGCUCCUACCAGGACUUUGGCAAAUGUUCAGAGUGUAACUGAACAACAGUUAAACAACAAGUAAGUUUAUAGUAAAUGUUAAUAAUGUCCUUUACCCUUAAGAACCUAUGCCGCAUUCCACUCCUGACGGCAGACAUGAUAAAAUGAGGUCAAGGCUUGCUUUGGCAAUUUAAUUUCAAGGGCUUACAUUGUUGCCCUUUGAUAACUUCAACAAUAAAAUCAACACCACCACAACAAUAACAACUUAUUGCAUACGAAACAGUUUAUAAUGAACAAAUCAAAGAAGACUAAAAGGAAAACGGAAGUAUUUCACACAACCCAUCAUUAGCUUAAUUAUUACCAGUAUAUUGGGUGGGAGGUGAAGUGGACGAGGAAGAAAAAUAAGAAAAACCAGACAGAGAGAAGAAAACAUUAUAAUUAUCAUUAUUUUCCUUUGUUUCUCUAUCAUACAUUACAAAACCCAAAAACAAAGGGAAAUAGAAUUUGAAACAAUAAAUACUUGAACCACAUCAUAUCUUAACUAGGCCCUAUGGCUGCAGGAACUCAUUAGUGACUGUAGAGAAAAAUUCUAUUCUUUGUUUCCUCUACAGAAAAACUCUUCCCUUGGACAUUUACCAGUGGGAUGUUUGCAACCUCCCUCUCAAAUCCAACAGUGUUGAUGUUUUUGUUACUGAUCUUCCUUUUGGCAAGAAGAGUGGAUCUAAACAUGAGAAUUGGACAUUGUACCCCAAAGCAUUGGAGGAAAUGGCUAGAGUUUGUUCUACAGGAAGUGGUAGGGCUGUGCUUCUGACACAGGACAAGAGAGUUAUGGGCAAAGUGCUUAACAGUUCAGUACAUUGGAAAAAAGAUUUGACAUUGUGGAUAAAUAUGGGAGGACUUAAAGCAGGACUUUAUGUUCUGUCCAAGACAAAAAAGUGUUAAUUUAAUAUCUUACUGGUGCAGUCUUUACAUUUUGCAAGUGUGCUACAAAAUUUUAGGGCUUUAAUAGUCACAAUGCAUAUUCCAAAAAGUUGCUAGUGCUAAAUUCUUUAACAAAAUUACACUUAGCAAAAUUUAUAAGGAGGUUCUACUGUAGUUCUGUCAAUGUUUGUUUGCUGUUGCAUCUUACCAUUCAAAUCAGACUUAAUUNUGCAUACGAAACAGUUUAUAAUGAACAAAUCAAAGAAGACUAAAAGGAAAACGGAAGUAUUUCACACAACCCAUCAUUAGCUUAAUUAUUACCAGUAUAUUGGGUGGGAGGUGAAGUGGACGAGGAAGAAAAAUAAGAAAAACCAGACAGAGAGAAGAAAACAUUAUAAUUAUCAUUAUUUUCCUUUGUUUCUCUAUCAUACAUUACAAAACCCAAAAACAAAGGGAAAUAGAAUUUGAAACAAUAAAUACUUGAACCACAUCAUAUCUUAACUAGGCCCUAUGGCUGCAGGAACUCAUUAGUGACUGUAGAGAAAAAUUCUAUUCUUUGUUUCCUCUACAGAAAAACUCUUCCCUUGGACAUUUACCAGUGGGAUGUUUGCAACCUCCCUCUCAAAUCCAACAGUGUUGAUGUUUUUGUUACUGAUCUUCCUUUUGGCAAGAAGAGUGGAUCUAAACAUGAGAAUUGGACAUUGUACCCCAAAGCAUUGGAGGAAAUGGCUAGAGUUUGUUCUACAGGAAGUGGUAGGGCUGUGCUUCUGACACAGGACAAGAGAGUUAUGGGCAAAGUGCUUAACAGUUCAGUACAUUGGAAAAAAGAUUUGACAUUGUGGAUAAAUAUGGGAGGACUUAAAGCAGGACUUUAUGUUCUGUCCAAGACAAAAAAGUGUUAA